GUCUAAAACAGUCGCGUUUUGAAAUGCGUUCAAUGUUACUGUGUGACAGUGGUGUGCUAAGCUAACGUUAGUUGCUAAUGUUUAAGUGAGUUUAAAUUCGCGGUCGCAGAUGUUUAAUAUCAUUCAAAUCUCUCUGAUAUAAUUAGACUCAUCCUUGAGCAGACACUGAAGCAUUUCCUGUAAGUCUCUGUGGAUAAAGAUCGUCGUCCUCUAGCACCCUGGCUUUUCCUUGUGUCAAUGGCUGUUACCUUCCCAAACAAGAGACUAAAUUCAUCCAUACAGUCCUUGAGGAGCUGGAUGUGUUUCAACAGAGAAAUGAGCAAAAAAGCGUUUUACUCUUCCCGCCUAUCCCGAGCCGACUUCGCUUCCUCAUUCACCAAACCUGCGGGAAUCAUCCCAACCUGAGCACCUUCUCUGUGGGCGAGGGCUGCGCACGCAGGGUCGUAGUGUGCUUUUCCGACCUCAGGUUGCCAGAAGAUGACCAGAGGGAUGCAGAAGCCAGUUCUCAUGAGCGAGCGUGCAGUCGGGACAGAGACAUGGAGAACAACAGCCACACACGCUCACUGGAGACCAACUACAACAACAGACGGAGAGCCAGACGGCCAGACAAGGCUAUUUACGUUCCUCGUGCUAUGAGACAUAAGAUAGAUCUGGAACAACCGAGUCUUAAGGCGUCAUCUGUGGAAUCCUGCUCUGACGUUACUGAGGAACCUCAUGUAGCCAGUCAGAAGCCAGAGGUGGACAGCACAGGCCAGUCACUGGCCGAUGAGGAGUUUGUGCAGCUUUCAAGGUCGGGUCCAUCACCGUGGCCUGCAGACUGGGACCAGACUGUGUCUUUCUUCACAAAUUUGACACUAGAUGGCGAAACAGAUGAAGAUUGUGCCAGCAACACGUUACUUUCAGCUGAUGCCACACUUCAGCAGCCAGAUGUUGAUGAAAGUUUGCUUUCUGAGAUCAAAGCCAAACUCAAACACAGGGACAUCACCAUACUCAACACCUGCAGUGAUUUCCCUGCCUUUGCAAACAUCUGGCUUGACCCGCAGGAGUUUGGCCACGUUAUUGAGAUCUACGACUUUCCUGCCAUGUUUAAAACGGACGACCUCCUUGAUGCCUUUGCUGACUAUAGUGAAGGGGGGAUGAAGAUCAAGUGGGUGGAUAACACUCACGCUCUCGGUGUAUUUUCAAGUCAGUCGGCAGCUACACAGGCACUCUCCAUGAAACAUCCAAUACUGAAGACUCGCACACUGCUAGAGGGAAGCCAGAAAGCGAAAUGGAAAGCAACCAGACGUGCAGAGUUUAUUCAGCCAGUGAAGGAACGGCCACGGACGGACACAGUAGUGGCUCGCAGGAUGGUGACCAGAGCGCUGGGCAUGAGAGGAGGCGUGAGGGGGAGAUCCUUUGAAAUGAGAAACGCCUUUAACUGAAUAAUUAAAAAAAAAAAAACUUUGUGAUCACACAGUCAGACUGUCCUUCAGUUAAUACUACACUGGGAAAAUAACAGAUGUCCUUGACAUGAACUACUACACCACCCAGACUUGGUAUGGCGAUGCUGUAAUGCUUUAUUUAGCUGCACAGGAUGUGGAAAUUCUCAAACACAUGAAAUAUAUGCGGUCUCCCGAGUUUCCAGUUUUAAUUGGUCGUUCUGUACUAUUUUAGGAAACAAGCCAACAGUAUAAGUAAGCAUUUGAUUAUUUCCUGAGUGAGUUUUGGUAAGCAUUCAGACGACUUGGUGGUUCUUGCAGGAAACAGUUUUGUUUGUUUUCUCCAUACUAACAAGCCUUUAUAAAUAGAUCGUUUUUAUUAACUUAAAUUUUAUUUAAUACAAAUAAGCUUUUUAGCUCAUUGGAAGACUGGUUUCCUGAACAUAGGUCAUCUAGGACUAUAGUAUUGAAUCUAAUGAUUAAAUUAAGGGACUACACUAUGUGUCUAGCUUUGUUCAUGUUUCUCAGUUACUUUAAUGUUUUUGUGUUCAGCUUGUGAGUUUUGGCACAUAAAAUAUUUGUUUAAAGAAGUCCACUUCCAAAACAAAGAUUCACACAUAAUGUCCUCACCCCCUUGUCAUCCAAGAUGUUCAUGUUUUUCUUUCUUCAAUCAUAAAGAAAUUGCUUUUUGAGGAAAACAUUUAUGCAUUUUUCUCCAUAUAAUGGACUGCUAUGAUGCCCCGAUUUUGAACUUCCAAAAUGCAGUUUAAAUGCGGCUUCAAACGAUCCCAAAUGUGAUUGUAAACGAUCCCAGGUGAGGAAGAAGGUCUUAUCUAGCGAAACGAUCAUUUUCAUUAAAAAAACAAUUUAAAUACUUUUUCCUUGAGCUCUGUGUAUUCUGGCUGAAGACAGUUAGGGUAUGUUGAAAAACUCCAAUCGUUUUUUCUCCCUCAACUUUAAAUAUCAUUUCAAAAUCAUCCUACAUCGCUGCAGAAAUGAACAUGCAAAAAAAAAUCAAAUGCCCUUAACUAAAAAGUUGAAACGCCAUUAUAGGGCGAUUUUGAAGUUGAGGGAGAAAAUAAGAUUGGAGUUUUUCGCCAUACCCUAACUGUCAUGAACCGUAAAAAAACAGUCCAGGCAGAGUAAGAAAAGACGAGCGUUUGACAUCAAAAAGUAUAUUAUUUAUUAUUUUUAUGAAAAUAACUGAUCAUUACGCUAGAUAAGACCCUUCUUUCUCGGCUGGGAUCGUUUACUACCGCAUUUAAACUGCAUUUUGGAAGUUCAAAAUCAGGACACCAUAGCAGUCCAUUAUAUGGAGAAUAAUGCUGAAAUGUUUCCCUCAAAAAACAAUUUCUUUAUGACUGAAGAAAGAAAGACAAGAACAUGACAUUAUAUGUGAAUCUUUGUUUUGGAAGUGGAUUUCUUUAAAAUACAGUAGUGUUAUUGGCAGACUAAAUAUGAAUAUAUAUAUAUAUAUUUUUAAUUUUUUACAUAAUUGUUUUUUAAGGUUAUUUGACUUGAGUUGAUUUGUUAAAAAAAACACUCAUGCUUAUUUCUGCACUUAUGUUUUAAAAUUGUUUCAUACCUCAAUCUGUUUAUUACAUAUUGAUUAAAUGUUUUGUCUGUU